GUGUGUCCAGCCGUCAGGGCAGGCACCAUGGACGACGAAGAGCUGGAGUUCGUGGAUGAGAUGGACACCGUCCUGCAGUUCACCCCCGAGGUGCAGCUCGCCAUCGAACAGGUGUUUCCUAGCCAAUGUCCUCUGGACAGAGCGGAUUUUAAUGCCGUGGACUACAUCAAUAGCCUCUUCCCAACAGAACAAUCCCUGGCCAACAUCGAUGAAGUCGUGAACAAAAUCCGGCUGGAGAUAAGGAAACUGGAUGACAACAUUCGCACAGUAGUGAGGGCUCAGACCAACGUGGGGCAGGACGGAAGGCAAGCCCUUGAAGAGGCUCAGGUGGCCAUCCAACAACUCUUUGGCAAAAUAAAAGAUAUCAAAGACAAGGCAGAAAAAUCAGAGCAGAUGGUCAAAGAAAUCACACGUGACAUUAAGCAGCUGGAUCAUGCCAAGCGCCACCUGACCACCUCAAUCACUACACUAAACCACCUGCAUAUGCUGGCAGGAGGAGUGGAUUCCCUGGAGGCCAUGACGAGGAGGAGACAAUAUGGAGAAGUCGCCAACCUCUUACAGGGAGUUGUGAAUGUCCUGGAGCAUUUCCACAAGUACAUGGGAAUCCCGCAGAUUCGGCAGCUUUCAGAAAGAGUAAAGGCUGCUCAGACAGAAUUAGGACAGCAGAUUUUGGCAGAUUUUGAAGAAGCUUUUCCUUCACAGGGGACCAAGAGGCAUGGAGGACCCAGUAAUGUCCUGCGUGAUGCGUGUCUGGUCGCUAUUGUUCUGGACCCCAGAAUCAAACAAGAAAUCAUCAAGAAAUUUAUUAAGCAGCACCUGUCAGAGUAUUUGGUGCUAUUUCAGGAAAACCAAGACGUGGCCUGGCUAGACAAAAUCGACAGACGCUACGCCUGGAUUAAGCGCCAGCUUGUGGACUAUGAGGAAAAAUAUGGGCGUAUGUUUCCACAGGAGUGGUACAUGACUGAGCGGAUUGCUGUAGAAUUCUGUCAUGUCACAAGGGUGGAACUCUCCAAGAUCAUGUGCACCCGCGCUAAGGAGAUUGAAGUGAAGUUGCUUUUGUUUGCCAUUCAGAGGACGACAAAUUUCGAAGGACUGCUGGCCAAGCGCUUCUCGGGCUGCACUUUAUCUGACGGGGCCCCGAAAAAACUGGAGCCCCCAACUCCUAACACUAACCCCUUCUUGGAAGAUGAAUCUGGACUUGAGGUGGAAGAAUUGGUCCUGGAGAAAGGGGACUUGGACCAGCCAAAGAAGCCUAAAGUUCCAGAUAACCCUUUCCAUGGCAUAAUUUCCAAAUGUUUUGAACCUCAUCUCAACGUGUAUAUCGAGUCCCAGGACAAAAAUCUUGGUGAACUGAUCGAUAGAUUUGUCGCUGAUUUCAAGGCCCAGGGCCCCCCGAAACCCAACACGGAUGAAGGAGGAGCGGUCCUCCCCAGCUGUGCCGACCUCUUUGUCUAUUACAAGAAGUGCAUGGUGCAGUGCUCCCAGCUAAGCACCGGUGAGCCCAUGAUUUCCUUGACCAUCACAUUCCAGAAGUACCUCCAGGAAUACGCCUGCAGAAUUCUGUCGGGAAACCUACCCAAGAUGACCAGCAGUAGCGGAGGGCUGACCAUCAGCAGCCUUCUCAAGGAGAAGGAAGUUUCCGAAGUGGCCAAGUUCACUGUAGACGAACUCUGCCUGAUCUGCAGCAUCCUGAGCACAGCAGAAUACUGCUGGGCCACGACCCAGCAGCUUGAAGAAAAACUCAAAGACAAAGUUGAUGCAAGUUUAACGAAAAGAAUCAACCUCUCAGGAGAGAGAGAGACAUUCAGCACGGUAAUCACCAGCAGUAUUCUGUUGCUGGUUCAAGAUCUCGAUGCGGCCUGUGACCCUGCACUUACUGCAAUGAGCAAGAUGCCGUGGCAGAACGUGGAGCACGUAGGUGACCAGAGCCCUUAUGUCACCUCAGUGAUUCUCCACAUUAAACAGAACGUUCCCAUCAUCCGGGACAACCUGGCCUCUACUCGGAAGUACUUCACCCAGUUCUGUAUUAAGUUUGCAAACUCUUUCAUCCCCAAGUUCAUCAACCAUCUGUUCAAGUGCAAACCAAUUAGCAUGGUGGGAGCGGAACAGCUGCUGCUCGACACGCACUCCCUGAAGAUGGUCCUGCUGGACCUCCCGUCCAUCGGCUCCCAGGUGGUGAGGAAAGCUCCCGCCAGCUACACCAAAAUUGUUGUCAAGGGCAUGACCCGGGCUGAGAUGAUCCUCAAGGUGGUGAUGGCCCCUCACGAGCCGGCUGUGGUGUUUGUGGACAACUACAUCAAGCUUCUUUCCGACUACAACACCGAGACCUUCCAGAAGAUACUCGACAUGAAGGGGCUCAAGAGAAGCGAGCAUAGCAGCAUGUUGGAACUCUUCCGCCAGAGGCUGCCUGCUCCCCCGUCGGGGCCAGAGGGCUCCGGCUCCCUGUCACUGAUGACCCCAACCCCUGAGCAGGAGUCUUCCCGGAUCCGCAAGCUGGAGAAGCUCAUCAAAAAGCGACUGUAGGGGAGCGGGCAGAACGCGCUGGGGCCUCAGCGUCGAGCCUCCAGCAGCCCGCUCUCCUGGUGACCUGGGGACCCCCUCGCGACCCUUCACUAUCCCAAGCCCUCGGGCCCGGCUCACCCCACUGGACUCCCCGGACUCACACUUGUGGGAAAGUGAGAUGGACGGGUCCGGUGGGGCGGGGCCCUGGGUGGAGAGGAGGCAGGGGUGGUUUGUCUCACUGAUGCCCAUCCUAGGUCCUCACUGGGGCCCGGCAGCCGGGGAAGCUGGCAGAGCAGGAGGGAGAGGAGGGUGUUGUGUGGUUCACCCGGGGCUCUUGGGCCCAAAGGGACUCCCCAGGGCCCUGAUCCUGCUGGUGACAUCACCUGGCCCUGCCUCCUGGUCCCCCCCGAUUCUGAGACCCCGUGAGCCCUCUGGGAUGAGAUUUCCUCCCCUGCCUGGGACCCGGCUCAAGGCGAUGGACCCCAGGGCCUGUGUGAGCCCUGCCAUUUUUGCUGUCAGAGAAGCCCAGGGAGCCCAUUGCUUUCUCGGACAGAUUGAUGACAGCAGGUUGCUGUGGUUCUCUUCAUCUGGUGGGUGUGGCUUUUCCCAAAGCGGCCACCUCAAGCCUUUCAGUUCUGGACUUUUGUAACGGGGUUCCCGGCUACCUUCUCCUUCCCACCUCUCCCCUCCCCACCUGUACCCCCCAACUCAGGCCACUGAUGGUGUCGAACUCUGAGGAGCUUGGUUGGAGACCUGAAGGGAUGGGCAGUGGGAGCAGUGGAGGGUGUGAUGGCAGGAGGCUGUGCAUGGCACACCCCAUCCCUUGGGGUGGCAUUCCUGCCUUCCCCACUGUCAUGGUGACCCCAGCCGGGCAAGGGCAUCCCUGUGGUAGUUGGGUGAGUUAGAGGGCUUCCUUGUUAUGGGGGUGCUCUGUGGGUGGGGGAAGGAUGGGGGUCUUCCCAGCAUUGGGGUUGGGCGGGGGAGAGUUCCCUGAGGCAAACUCUACCUAAUGAAGCCAUUUCAGAGUCAAGGCAGCACAAAGACUCCCAGUGGAAACAAGGCUAACAGAAUGCCAGUUAGCCACAACCACGGUUGUCCAAAGGAGGCCACCUGGGGAAUCUCACCCAGGGAAACAAAGCUUGGGUAACUGAACAGAAUUAUGCGGUGCCCCUCCGAGGAAUCAAAACAAGUUUGGGCAGUGGUAGCGGCAGCAGCAGCAGCCAUUACCUGGGCCAGCCUCUUCGCCCUUUCAUUCAGACAAUGAGCUUCCUCUUGGACAUUGAAGGGUAUUCACAGUGGGAACAGAGGUGACUAGAAGUAAAUCCCCCCUCGGUGGGGCACACGGGAGGACUGAGGGGACCAGCUGGUUGUCCCCCCCACACCCCAGGUGGUUGACCUGGACUCCCCUGUCCCUGGAGCCAGAGAGUGCUUGUGUUUAGGGAGCGAAGCGAGAGAGCCUGAUCGCUCUCCCCAAGUGCCAGCACGGUGACGUCUCUCUCUGCCGGUGACUAACGGUUCUAAUGGUUCUAAUUUACGACCGGCAUUGUUACAGGAACUACUGAAUGAAGUGACCCCGAAAUAACUGCGGAUAUGGCGCUCGUGAGCCUGACGGAGGUACAAACAUGCAGUUUCACUUCCCGAGUAGCUAAAUAUGGGUGCUGUAACUGGCUUCCCUACCUCUAAACAGCCGACCCAAAAUAGUACUCACCCCUUCUCUCCCGAAAGUCCCAGCUUCCUCCCACGUGAACCAGUUUGGGUUUGGAUAAAUGAUAAAUGAGGGGCCAUUGACCCAAACCCACAGGUGACUGCCGGCUCUGAUAACCCAAGCUCAUACAGCCCAGUGCAGCAUUUGGCAUCUGGCUGUAUCGGGCACUGCCAACCCAUCGAUGAUGGGGUCGUCAUCUCCCUAUACUCCCAGGAAAGUUGAAAAUUCACCCCUGUGAUUUCCAGUUCUGCUUCCCAGAAAGAUGGUGUAAAACGGUUCCUCUGCAAGUUGAAUGUGAACAAUUCCCUCUGCAUUGCAAACAGCUCUUCCCGUUCAGAUUCCAGGGGGCGAGAUGUGGAUGGAAUCAUUUGGGCAGUUUGAAAGUAACUUUAGGAAGUGCAGGCUUUGUGGAAAACCCUCCCCGGGAAAUGACUGUCUCUGCAUUUUAUACAUAAGAUCAUUCCGACCCCGUUCGUGUAUUUACUUCUGGGACGCUAGGUGCUAGACACCUGGGUAAGAUGUAAAUUUUCUUAAGAUAGAAAAAUUGCAUUGUUGUGUAAAUGUCUUUAUGGUUCCCAUCUGGAAAUGAUUUUUUGAUGUAAAUUGGAAUGCGACACUACAGCUGAUUAAAACAUUACUGCACAUCCCUUA